AUGAACUGGGGCUUUCUGGAGAAUGUGCUGAGCGGGGUCAACAAAUACUCCACCGUCAUCGGCCGCGUUUGGCUCUCGGUCGUCUUCCUCUUCCGCAUCUUGGUGUACGUGGCGGCCGCAGAGCACGUGUGGAAAGGCGAACACGGGGACUUUGUCUGCAACACCCAGCAGCCCGGCUGUGAAAACGCCUGCUUCGACCACUUCUUCCCCAUCUCCCACAUCCGCCUCUGGGCUCUGCAGCUCAUCAUGGUGUCCACACCCUCCCUGCUGGUGGCGCUGCACGUGGCCUACAGGGAGCACAGGGAGGCCAAACACGGGUGCCAACUUUACACAAACAAAGGCAGCAUCGACGGAGGCCUGCUGUGCACCUACAUCGUCAGCCUGCUCUUUAAAACGGCGUUUGAAGUGGGCUUCCUGCUGGGCUUCUACUUCCUGUACAGCGGCUUUGACGUGCCCAUACUGCGCCGCUGCAGCCUGAGCCCGUGUCCCAACACGGUGGACUGCUACAUCUCCAAGGCCACUGAGAAAAAGGUCUUCCUCUACAUCAACGGCUGCACGUCUAUCUUGUGCGUUACACUUAAUGUUGUAGAGAUGGUCUAUAUCCUUUGGAAACACUGCUGGAGGUGUUUUACUAAGCGCUAUGUCCGCGUGGAGGAGAGCGCCCAUCGGCCUGUUUCUACUCUCAAUAAGUCUGUUUCUAUUGUCAACAACUCUGCUCCGGUCGAACCCUCAGCAAACGAAGAAACAACAGAGCCAGGACAUCAUUUAUAGGCCAAUGAAAUCUGGCCUGUCCUCACACCAUGGGAUUCACCGCGACGUGU